AUGCUGGACGAUGACAUUAUUGCUCUGCACGAUUUACAAAACAAUUCAGAAUGGCAAUCUUGUCGCAAUUUGAGGUUCUGCGCUGGUAUCAGGGGUAUCGAAUUUAUCUACAAUACAGGUAUACGAAGCACAUGGGGCUCUGAUUAUGAUACUGCUUCACUAUCGUUUUUCCUUCAGGAAUUUGAAUAUCUUGGCAGAAUUAUGGUCUAUAAUAUUAACUCUGUAGUCUACCAUUUGCAACAGGAAAUUUGGUUCAUCACAGAUCUGAAUCGGACAAGCGAAUUUAUGCCCCCAGCACCAACGAAGUCAGGAGUUUCUUUCGAUUGCGUUGAAUACAGUCCUUUGGACAACGGAUAUAUAGUUGGUCUUUGUGAAAUCCGAGCAGCAGUUAAAAUGUUUCGGUAUUAUAUCAUCCACAACUGUGGCGUCUUCGAAAUCAAUUUGGAUCUCCUCAGCGGGUUGAGAUGGCUUUGGAUACCUGUCUCUGGAAGAGACUCUCGGAGGUGGCGAGAAUCAUGGCGAGACCACAGUUUCGACAAGAUACUGUCACCCCCAAGAAGUCACCGGUCUUCUUUUCUUUCAUUGGAUGGCAGCUAUCCUGAGCUACUCGGGCAAUUGACUGAAAUGGGCCAAACGUAUCAUUUCGAAGUGGAUGAAUGGAUCAUCGACUUGGAAAUUAUUACAAUCAAAUCAUGUGUGUUCGCAGGGUGGAGUCAUGAGCUAUCACAAGUCAAAAAGAUAACAAUCGCCAAAAAUCAAAGGAGGAUGGAGUUGAGACCCGAGAUUGUACAAAUUGCUUAUGAUGUAUCAAAUACACAAUUGCAUAAGCGAAGAGUAUCAGAAAUCACUUGGGAAUUCAACGCUAUGUACGAUCGCGUACAAUGGAAUUAUCAAGAAGAUCGAAUACAUAAGGCGAAUUGA